AGGGCCGCGCGCAGCCCGUAGUGCCGCCCAGACAGUCCCGGAAGCUCCGGCGUUCACGGAGGAUCGAGCCGCAACCAGCACUCGUGGAGGACGAGGACGACUACGGCGAGGACGAGGGGGAGGGUGAGGACGAAGACGAGGAGGAGAACGGGCCCCGAGGGGCGCCCGACGAGGAGGAGAUGGCUCGACGCCGCCACCUCUACGAGACGGCCUUCGACUGCAAAGUCAGCCGCUCGGACGACGACCUGGACGACCUGGACCGGGUGACCAACCACCCGGUUCUACACCCGGGGAACGUGCGCAGCGUGUCCGCGUCAUCGGUCCCGGCAUCCAGGCCAGGAGUCUCAGGGUUUACGGAAGUCAGGUCCCAGGGUCAGGGCCAGAAUCACCAGCAAAGUGGGGUCCAAGUGGGGAAGGAGCACCACCACAGGAACAAGGUGGUCACCCUGCGGCCGAAGCCAGUCCUAGGUCGCCUUCAGCAUGUGGAGCAAGUCGCGAAGCUAUCCCAGGAGGUCGCUGCUCUGCAGGUCAACUCUGGAGACGAGAAGGCCUCGCCUAGGCUCCCGGCAAGAGGAUACACCCCGUCGCCGCCUUCCACCGCGCCGUUGCCUGCGAAGUUCCACGGGACCAGGGAGAACUUGUUGCUGAACAUCAGGAGCGCGCCGAACCUGCCCACGCAGCAGCAGGAUCACCCCAGAUUGAAGGAUGCGAGGCUGCCGGUGAAGUCUUCGUUGAGGGCCAAGGAGUCGCCCAGGAGCAGCGAGGGCAGCAUCCUGGAGAUCAAGGGCCGGCCGAAGAGCUUCCACCUACAGGAGCAGGCCGCUGGGGAGGCACAGGUUAGGAGGAUGGACAGGGAGCUGAUCCUGGAGUUCAAGGGCAGGCCCCGGGAGGAACGACCACGACCCAGGAGUCUGAUAAGGGAGAGCAGGCCCAUCAUGGAGUUCAAGGGAAGGCCCAGAGAGGCCGAGGGGGAUCUGCCCAGGACCGGUAGAGCGGAAGCUGGCCUCUUGGAGUUCAAACUGAGGACUGGGAGAAGACGUGCCGGGUACUCCAGCACGGAGUCCAUGGCCACCAGCAGCAGUGGCGGUAGCAUGGAGUCCCUGCGCAGCAGCACCAGCGAGGGGAACCGAUCCACCAGCAGCUCGGAGAGCAGACACAGCACCAGCCUCAGCUCGCACAGCUCGGACAGUGGCAGUACCAACUGCUUCCUGCAUCAUCACCAGCAGCCCAGUCUUGCUGGGUUCCUUGCACACCAUGCCAAUAAGCUGCAUAUACUCUCGCCCAUCUCCGACAAGUCGUCCCAGGAGCCGGCAUCCGAGACCUCGGACAACAACCGCAACAACAACUCGCAGAAGGCGUCGCCGGAGGAGACCGCCACUGAGAACAGGACCGAGGGAACGACUGGGAACGCCAAUGUGGCUAAUGUGGCGAACGCGGCGAAUGUGGCUAAUGUCGUUAAUGCCGUCACUUCGCCCGGGGGUGACUCGUCCUUCAAGAAACGACGCACCCCGCAGAACAAGAACCUCAUCAACCUCGCGCUGCAGAGCUCCUCGUCCGGGGAUGCCGAGAUCCAGGGCUCUGAUAGCGGCAUCUCUAUAGAGUCCAGGGCUGGGAUCAAGUGCAAGCCUUUUGGGUUCCAUCCUCCCAAGCCGCACCUGGAUAACAUCAACCUGGCUGAUCAUCAGGUACCCGAGCUCUCGGAUCUGCCGUUCGAUAUGCCCAAGCUGAGGAGGAGGAGGUUGCUGCUGCAGCAGGAUGCGACCACAUCCGGGAGUGCCACCAGUGUCGACCUUCGGGAUUUACCUUUUGAUAUGCCGAAACUCAGGAGGAGAUUGAGGUGCACACAAAGCACAGAGUCCAGCGCUUCUCAGGCAUCUUCAAGUUUGUCCGUCAGGGACGUCGAACCUCCGGCGUUGUUCGGCGGCGGCUUGGCGCGACCCAAGAUGACCCUGAACCUCGACGGGGGUGGAAAUGGCGCCGGAGACUGCGGGGGUGGAGGCGGCCAGCUCAUCCUGAAGAAGCCUGGAGGUCUGAGUCUCGGACUGCCCCUGGAAAUCGGCACCCUUAGAGGCUCCUCUGAGCUGGUCGACGUGGACCUACCCCUCGAGAGGCAGGGCUGGUAUCACGGUUCGAUCACUCGAAUCGAAGCAGAAGCCGUCCUUCGACUCCUCCGAGAGGGCAGCUACCUCGUCAGAAACAGCGAAUCCACCAAGCAGGACUACUCCUUGUCCUUGAAGAGCGCGAGAGGCUUCAUGCACAUGCGCAUUCAGCGCAACGAGGAGCUCAACGCGUACAUCCUGGGUCAAUUCAGCAAGCCCUUCGACAGCAUCCCUGAAAUGGUGCGACACUUCAGCGUGAACCGACUUCCGAUUCGCGGAGCCGAGCACAUGUGUCUUCUGCAUCCGGUGAUAGCGCAGCUUUUGUAG